CGAAAAAAGCAUAAAACAAACAGAAUGACUUUCAACACGAAGGAAGGCGUCACGAUACGCAUUAUGUUCCUGGCGGAUUAUGAAAAACUAAAGUUGUUUAUGAAGGAAGAGUACUUCAAUGCGGAACCAUUGUGCCAGUCCUGUGGUGAAGACGUUCAUCUGCAGAACGAGGAGGAGAACGAUGCGAUAAACCUUUCGAUGAUCGCCCAGGGCACUUCCCUUUUGGCCCUUGACGAGAACGAUGAUGGCCGAAUUGUGGGCUUCGUCCUGGCAGGAGCCCAAGUCCCCGAGGAUGUGGAAAGAUACGCCCAGACAGCCAAGACUCUGACGGAGAACGCUUGGGGCCGCAUCUUUAUAAUAUUGACCAAGGCCGAACGCGAAGCCAAUAUUUUUGAGCGCUACGGCGUCUCAAAAGUCCUUUACUCCCACAUCACCAGUGUAGCCGCCUCGAUGAGGGGCAAGGGCCUGGGUUCCCGUCUGGCCAUCACCCUUAUGGACCUGGGUCGGUCCCAGGGACUUCCCGUCAUGGUCGCCUACUGCACCAGCUUUUACUCCGCUCGGCAGAAGAAGGCCCUUGGGAUGGAGUGCAUCUACUCCCUGGACUACACCGACUAUAAGGAAGAUCAGGGACGAGUAAUCUUUGCUCCAGCAGCCCCAAACACCACGCUUAGAGUAAUGGCCAUAAAACUGUGAUCCGGCAUCUGAAAAUUUAAUCAAAAAAUCCCUGAAGAACUGACUAUUCCAUUGUCUUGUAAUUAGUUUAUGACCAAUGGAUUUUUUGUGCGUAUACAUAGUAAAUAUUUUUUAGAACUUUAAACAGUUGUGUAAUAUAAAAACUUAAAUAAAAUAUAAUAGAAUUGUU